AUGAUGACGUCCGACAGUGCUACACCCCGUUCGACCGGUACUCCGGCGGGCCCCCGUCUCGCCCCCGGACCUAUUCCGGCAGCACCACCGACGGCAACAACGGUGUCCCGGUUUCAUCACAAAAACGACGUCCGUCGCCUGACGAAGGCCCUUUCGGUGGUCGCCAACAUUCUUAAAUCGCCUGCGAAGGUUUCCAGUCGGCUGUUCGACAUCGGCAAGGCUAUUGUCCUCCUCGCCCUGACCCACCGGUUCUCGCCCACCUCCAUGAAGGUGCGGCAGCUGGAACAGUCGUCUGCUGCCGAUCGCAGCCGCGGCGCCGUCAACACCAUUUCUACAUGGGCGAGGCAAGUCAGCAACCAGCGCAUGAACAAAGACCAGGCUGUGCUCGAGCUCCUCGACAACGCGGCGAGAGCCGCUCCCGCCACGAAGCAGACGCUGCUCGAACGCUUCGGCAUGGGGGGAUCGAACCCGGCGUCCGUGUGCAAGGAGCUUAGCAUCCUGCUCACGGCGUUGGUCAAGGAGCUGCACGGCGAGGCGGGAAGCGAUUCUCCUUCUCUUUCUUCUUCAUCGGCGACCAGUGGCGACAAAGGCGGCACGGCUAAGGCAGUGGCCACCUCAGCUACCGACUCAGCCACCACUGUCGCCGCCGUCGCCACAGAAGACGUCACUCCUCACGGCGGACUGCCGGCCUCGACGGCGAGAGAAGUGGCCGGGGCAGACACAGGAGUCAAGUCUUCGCUCGAGGGGGCAAAAGCUAAACCGGCGAUAGCGAUCGCGGUCACGACUACGGCGGACGAAAGCAAGCACGAGUUCCCUGCUUCCCCUGCCACCGCGACCGCAGCCGAGGUCGGUGCGACUGCAGGCGACGUGAUCGAGCCGGGCAAAGCAUCAGCAUCCUCACACAAGGAGCAGAACAUCGACGGUGCCGCUGCUACGCCCGGUGUCGUAGUGCCUGCUUCUCUCGGGACUGGCACUCCUGCACCUGGCGUCAAGUCAGUUUCCGCCGCCCCCGCCGACAAGGCGGCGUCAUAUCCAGGCGGUCCCAGCAGCAGCAGCAGCAGGAUGUGCUCUGCUCUCAAGGUGGGCAAGGGAGAGGGGGGCUGGGGAGGUGGGCGAGGUGGUGGACACCUCGUGAAGGAAGGCCACGUGGUGGAAACUAGGGAUGGUCGCAGCUCUACGGUUUGUCAGGGCAGCAACCGCCAGAAACCGGUCGUUGCCAAUGCCGGUCGACCAAAUGCGCAGGCAAGCGCCAACGCCGUGGCAAGAGUACGAUCGCGGGGCUUAGCCUUCAUCGCUCGCCCGGGCGGGGCGCCGCUCAGGAGUAGUGCUAGCGAACGAGGAGUUCCACGUGACGGUCAGAUGAAGGCGGCGGCAGCAAAUCGGGCACGACGGGGUGUGCGUGGAGGAGACACUUGCAAGCGAGCCUGCGAGCUCUCGCGGCCUGGUCAUAAUGGCGUUGUCGCGGCGGCAGCAGCGGCGGCGGCGGCAAUGGAACCUGCAGCAGCUGCAGCGGGUACCAUUGCCCUGGCGAAGCAAGACUUUCCUCGCACUAACAAAUCUGCCGAGCUAAGGCGGACCAAGGGUCUCCUCAGCAGGGCCCUGAACGACCGGGAGAAGCUAGCCGCGGCCCUUGUUCAGCAACGGAAGCUGCACGAGGAAGACGUCGAGAGGCACGAGGACGCGUUGCAAAAGGCGCACCAACAGAACCUUGAGUUGGGCGGACAGCGAAGCCGCCUGGAAGUUCUACUGUUGCAGGCUUACGGUGAUAUCGCCGAGCUUAAAGGGCAGAAAUCCGGGACGGAGUCCGACAAGGACGAGUCGUCCAAGCCCACGUGCGUUACUUCGGGCUGUCCCCGUUCCGAGGAGGUCGGAAACAAAAGCGGCGGCGGCGGCGGCGGCGAUAACGGCCACCACCAAGAGCCCUCCAAACGCAUCUCGCCAGGCCCUCCCUCUCCUGUCUCACCUGGCUCCUGCAGCGGCGGGGACGAUAAGCGCGGCAACGACGACGACGACGACUCUGACGGCCACGACCGCGACGAGAAGCUCAGCCCCGCACUCGCGUCCGGUUCGUGCUCUGGCUCGAACACGUCUGAGGGGAGCGAGGAGGGGAGCACCGACGACGACGAUGGUGACGACGAUGACGACGACGAAGGCAAUGACGAUGACGACGACAACGGGGGGGAGAAGCUUUCGAUAGGAGUCUCUUCAGGCUGCCCCUCACUCGUAUCUGAUAGUUCCUACGAUGGCUCUUUCACGUAUGACGGGAACGACGCCGGCGACAACCCUGGCGAUGGCUUUGAUGGGCCCAGCGCCCCCUUCUCCCUCCCACCGCCGCCGCCGCCGCCGCCGUCGCAGCAGAAGCAGCAGGGAGGUGCGAUCGGCCUCGAGAGUAAAGGCGUUAGCCGCGCCCCCUCCUGGAGGGCCGAAGACUGCCUGGCGUCUGCUCGCCGAGAGGUUCUCGACAGGUUCAACGGGGCCGGGUUCCUGGCGUCGCUACUCCCACUGAGCGGUAGCGACGGAGGAAGCGGAGGUGCAGGAGGCGACGGCGGCCGCGACGGCGGUGGGAUGGUAGCCACCGAGAAGGGAAGGGUGUUGGGCGACGGAGGAGGCGGAAACGUGUUCGACCUGAAGAUCGUCGACGAACAGCUUCAGGGCCACUUCGCCCGGACCGGCUUGGGACAGGGACUGGUGCUGAAGACUCUCAACAAGCCAGCGAAAGGCCACAAGGACACCGGAAUGAGGGAGAUCAGAGUUCUGGCGAGCUUCAUGCCUGCCUGCCACACGAACAUCGUCAACGUGUUCGCAACAAACGUAGAGACGCGGAGCAUCGUGAUGGAGAAGAUGGGCAUAGACCUGGAGAGACUCCUCAGCUGCACAAUCCGAGAGCUCCGCCGGGUGUCUCACGAUGAGAUGGUCGGACUCUGCUGUGGUGUGGCCCGAGGGUUGGCGUACAUGCACGAGAUGGGCUUUGCGCACGGCGACGUCAAGCCUGCCAACAUGCUCGUGUCCCAAGACCUCAGCCAGUGCAAGAUAUCCGACUUCGGGGCUGCGGGAAGGCUUGGGGUUGACAACGUCGGAGACGUGACGCUGCCGUUCACGCCUCCCGAGGCCGUGAGCAUCUUUUGGGGGAAGAAAAUUCCCCUGGCAGCAUCGAUGGACGUAUGGUCCAUGGGCAUGGUUGUGCUGCGGGCAACCUCACGCUUGAGUUUUCUGCCAACCCACCACGAAACGCUGAACCAGCACUUCGACCGCCUCUUCCUCAAGGAUUGCCAGCCUUGGAAAAGCCAGGCCGUAGAAGCCUUCCUGGUUGCGCACCGAAACCUUUACAUCACCCAUGAGCAGAGGAACAAGCACAGGCAGGAAAUGGCAUCGGCGGCGCUCAUUUUUAUGAGGGAAGUGUACUUGGGCAUGCUUGCCAAGACGGCAAAGCUAGACGACUUCAUUCUGUCCCCGCGAGUGUGGCCAGACCAAGAGGCUUUCCAGCACCUGCCCCAAGUGCGAAAGGUGUUGGGCGCGAUGCUGGCUGCUGACCCUCGGGAGCGCAUCAACAUGAGAACUGUGGGGCUCUGCCUCGAGCACCACCGGCUGUGGGCUCGGACAACAACUGCGCUUCAAGCCGCAGCUUCAGCCGACGCGCCAGAAAUGGCCGCGGCUUCGACGGCCGCGGCAACAUCGCCGUCUCCCGGUAACGCGGGCGGCAAGACGACCCUCGACGUGAGGACUCUGCCCGCUUGCAUCCACCGCCUGCUCUCCGUCGUCGAUGAUGCUGCUGACCACGGCAUAGUUUUCACGGCGGACGGGCAGGUCGAGCCCGGUGGCGGCGGCCGAGCGCCAUCCUGGCUGGAGGUAGAGAAUGCUAAGGAAAACGGUGCGUGGUGGAAGAACGUACCCAUCCCCGAGGCGUUGGUGCGUCAGGGACCACAGCCGCGGUUCGAGGUGUAG